AUGGAAGAUGUCCACAGUCGGUUGAUGCAUCCCGGUUCGGAGCGUACUCUCUGCGAGAGUAGGAGCAAAUACUGGAUUCUCAAAGGUCGUAACCUCGCAAGAGAAACCGUGAGGAAUUGUGUGAUUUGCCGGAAGCUGAGACAGCCACCACAUAGCACCCUAAUGGGUGAUCUACCUGCCAGUCGUCUCCGAUUGUUCGCACCGCCAUUUACAACUACUGGAGUGGAUCUCUUCGGCCCGUUCAUGUUGAGAUAUGGUCGCAACAGUAAAAUGGAGGCGUGGGGCGCGAUAUUCACUUGCGCCACUGCUCGCGCUAUUCAUCUGGAAAUAGUGGAAAGUUUGUCGACUCAAUCGUUCCUCCAAGCAGUUCGCAGAUUUGCUUCGCGUCGCGGAUGGCCAAAGACAUUAAUAUCGGAUAACGGCACCAACUUCAUUGGAGCUGAGAAGGAACUCAGGAAACUUACCAAAGAGGGACGCAAGCAGUUGGAAGAAUUUGCAGUUCUUCAUGAUAUCAACUGGAGAUUCAUUACGCCUUUGAGUCCCCAUCAAGGUGGCUUUUACGAGAGCUUAAUCAAGCAGAUCAAGAGCGCACUUAGAGUUACUGUGGGUGAUCAGACGCUUACAUGGAAUGAAAUGUCAACUGUUUUCAGUGAAGUCGAAUGCCUGGUUAACUCAAGACCCAUUGGAUACGGAAGCGAUGAUGCCAAUGAUUUCCGUCCACUCACUCCUAACCAUCUGCUGAUAGGACGAGCUUCAACAGAAAUUCCACAAGGGCCGUUUGUAGAAUCGAAAAAUCUGCACAAACGCUUCGAGUUUGUGCAAGCUCUUGCCACGAAGUUUUGGAAGCGAUUUGUCAAGGAGUACCUCUCUACUCUCAUGCGCCGUGCCAAAUGGCAGAAUGCUAAACGUCAACUUGCGGUUGGAGACGUGGUUCUCUUGACAGAUCAGAACAUUCCACGGGGAAAGUGGGAUGUUGCUCAGAUAAUCGAAGUAUACCCCGGUGAUGACAAUAUUGUCCGAAACGUAAAGGUCAGGACCAAAUCUAGUGAAAAGAAACGCAGUGUUUAG